UGCCUAGAGAAUCCAAUAUUUUCGCCAAUUAAGCAAACAAGGUCAUGACGCAAAAAGAAACAAGAAAGAAGUAGGAGUUGAAAAGGCAAAAAAAGCUGUAGAAGGAAGAAACUUGAGAUCAGAAGCAGCCAAACGACCGUCUUCUCCUCAACCAACAACUAAAGAAGCUGAAACACAAACAGAAAUUCAAACACGAACCAAGACCGUAGGUACACAAACAACAAUUCUAGCAAAAGAUGCUUCAACUCAAACAAUUCCAGGUUUCUUUUUAGUUUUAGCACAAUUUCAUUUAUAAUUUUCGAUUUAAAUGAUGUCUCAAUCCAGUGUGAUCUGGGUAAUUUAGCUGAAUUGUCUUUAAAAUGUCAACUAAUGCAACAACAAAAUCAGAAACUUGAGCAAGAGAAAAGAAAACUGCUUUCAAAAACAAAUAGUAUUGCAGCAGCAACACCUCGGAAACCUUUCAAUGAGUUAAGUUCACGUCAAGCUCGACGACGAGAGAAGCAAGAGAUGAAACUGCUGCAAGAAAGAAGUCCGAGUCUUUUAUCUCCGGUGCCAUUAAGGAAGUUAACUCCAGGUGAGGAUCUAAAAAUAACACUUGAAGUAGGACUUUCAUGGAAGCAGAGAGAAAGGUUGAAAUCAGCAUUAGACAAAAGGCUUGUUAACUGUUUUUGUGGAACAAGAGCAAUAUUAAAGAUAAAAGCAGAAGAAACAAAAGUGGCAAUUUUCAAAAGAAGGGGGGCAUCUAUUUACUUGUCGAAUAUUAAAGAAGUAUUAGUCAGACGAGUUGAGAGGCUGUUUCUGAAGGAGUUUUCUCGGCAAAACAACUCCGAAGGCACAUUGGUUGCUUCAUUGUGUGAUUUUUGCGAAGGAACAACGAUGGCUUGGUUUAUUAAGUGA